CGCGGUGCGGGCCUGAUGCGGGAGCGCAGCCCGGCGCCGCGGCAGCGCUGCGGGAGGAGGAUGGCGGGGCUGGCGUGGAAGUGGCCGCGCACCCGGCUGCCCGUGGGGGCCAGCGCCCUCGGCGUCUUCGUCCUCUGCUGGCUCUACAUCUUCCCCGUGUACCGGCUGCCCGACGAGAAGGAGAUCGUUCAGGGGGUGCUGCUGCAGCAGGGCAAGGCGUGGAGGAGGAACCACACUGCGGUCGCCGUCUUCAGGAAGCUGCUGGAAGACUGCUGCGACCCCGGGCAGCUCUUUGCGAUGACAAAACAGAACUCCCCAAUGGGAAAGAACCUUUGGUUUGAUGGGGAGUUUUUGUAUUCUUUCACCAUUGACAAUACAACUUACUCGCUAUUCCCACAGGCUACACCCUUCCAGCUGCCACUGAAGAAAUGCUCUGUGGUGGGAAACGGUGGGAUUCUCAAAAAGAGCGGCUGCGGAAAACAAAUAGAUCAAGCGGAUUUUGUCAUGCGGUGCAACCUUCCUCCUCUAUCCAGAGAAUACAGCAAGGAUGUUGGAUUGAAAACCCAGCUGGUGACUGCAAAUCCCAGUAUAAUUCAGAAAAGAUUCCAGAAUCUGCUUUGGUCUCGAAAAGCAUUUGUGGACAGUGUGAAGGUGUACAAUCACAGUUACAUCUAUAUGCCGGCCUUCUCAAUGAAGACGGGGACAGGCCCCUCCCUGCGUGUCUAUUACACCCUGAAGGACUUCGGUGCCAAGCAGGCAGUGCUGUUUGCCAACCCCAAUUUCCUGCGUGACAUUGGCAAGUUCUGGAAGAGCAAAGGUAUCCAUGCCAAACGACUUUCCACAGGACUUUUCCUAGUCAGUGCCGCCCUUGGUCUCUGUGAAGAAGUAACAAUUUAUGGCUUCUGGCCGUUCUCAGUGGACCUGCAUGGGAAGUUUAUUAGCCAUCAUUACUAUGACAAUGUCUUGCCCGAUUCUGGAUUCCAUGCCAUGCCGGAGGAAUUUCUACAGCUCUGGUUCCUUCAUAAAAGCGGUGUACUGAGAAUGCAGCUAGAACAGUGUGAGGACCCUUUAACCCAGUCUUCUGCCUAAGGAUCGUAGCAGUCGGUUUGGGAGAUCCACUCGUUUUUAAUUUCCAUGCUCUCCUACAGAGAGUUCUGAUCUUCUGUUGAUUCUUUUUAAAGGGAAAAUAGUCAUGGAUCUGCAUGGACUUUAAAAAUGCUGCUUGAAAGCCAAAUGGAAGAUGUCCUUAAUGUAUGUUUUAUGGAACUGUGGUGGGGGAAACAAACCUCUCCAUCAAGUCCAUUCAGCAGUAAUGUGAAAAUAAUGUCAGAAGCAACUCAAAUGAACUUUCUGGGUGACGUUUUUAAAUGACCGAUGUAAAAAGGGCAUUAAGGCUCGGAGAGAAAUGGGGCCACCCACAAGCUUUUGCUGACAGUGCCAAAUAUGACUGUCUGUUCAAAAAUCCAUUUCAUUCCAGAUUGGCACCUCAUAUAACUCUUUUUUUUUUUUUCUUUUUUUUUCCUUCCCUUAUGUGUGUGCUUGUGUGUAGUGGUAAGGGGUAUAGAGGAAAGUGUGUGUGUUGUUGACUUUCUUCGUUUCUUUUUUUCCAUUUUCUGUUUUCCGAUGGAAGAAAGGGGGAAGGUGUGAAAGCCUGAGGAGCUGAGUACCAUCAACUCCUAAGACUUGUGAAUGUGAAGGGUGCUAAGAAUCCGGUAGAAGAAUGUACUGGGAAUGCCCUGCUACUGAAUAUGGAUGGACCUACCUGGUGUAGGUUUUGUCAGGAUAGUUUGGUCAUUGCACUUAUAUCUGUAUUAAUGCUACCUUAUGGGCAACAGCUGAUUAAGGUAAAUUGGCUUGAAGAUAAAAGUUGUGAUAAAAAAACAAAAGUGAAGUGCAACCGUGUUUUAACUGACCAGCUGCAAGAUUUCCAUAGUGACUUUGGUAGCAGGGAUUGUUCCUUACUUGUUGUGCUGUUUUGCCUUUGGGAUUAGUUCCGUAUUCAUUUGGACUCCAGAUGUUCAGUGACUAUCAAGGGGAUUUGAGGUGUUCAGUGAAAUGCAGAAUGAGAUUCUUCAUGUGCUUAUAACAGAAAAACUGCAGAAAUGAAUGUAAGUGUCAUCUAAAAUGAGUUGAAACUUUGAAAAUCCUUUCUCUUUGUGUUACUAGCUCCUCUUUUUAGAUUGUAACAUUAGCCUUAAAGACUUGUACUUCUGUUGCAAGAUUGUCUCUGGUUAAAAGAGAGUCUGAAAAGUAAAACAGCCUUUGGGAGCACUGAAAAACAACAUAGCCAGCGAGAAAAACAAAACAAAACAAACAAACAAAAAUAAAACCACCAGAAAAGGCAGGCACUUAUGUAAUGCAGCCUUUCUCUUUGCAAUCAGAGAAUUAUAUAAGCGUGGAAAUUGCACUGCGGCUGCUCCGGUCAGUGCAGUGCCUAAAGGACUGUUUUAUUUUUGGGUAUUACUUGGACAAUGGAUGAUCCUAUUGCCAUGUAAAUGAGAAAUCUUUUUGUUUGCUUUGUUCUAACACUGUAGGACAGGAAGAGAAUACCUACUUGGUCCAGAGUGCAAUUUCAGCUGCAAGAUGCUAUCACUGUUAACUUUAUAAUCCAAAAUAAUGUUCUCUUUCUUCUACUUCUAUCAUUAGUAGCUGAAAUUCUAGUCAAAAUGUUGAAACAACAAAAAUGUCAUCAGGUUUCCACAACAAUUUCCUGUGCUACCUGUUUUAGCUCCAAAGUGCUAGUAUUUUGGGGGAUGUGUCCUAUCGUAUGUUGGCAACCUCUCUCUUUGUAGAUUACAAGCUGCAAGUUAUAUAGAUAUAAUUAAAAAAAAAAAAAAAAAAAAAAAGCAACACCCCUGGCUCUUCUUUAAAUAUGAAUAAUUCGACUAUCUAUGUAGGACAUUGAAAAAAAAGCCUUAUCUUGCUUUUGAAACAUGUGUUUUAGAAUAAAAUCUUCUUCCUAAAUAUGAGUAUUCCAAAUAUACAGUGGGCGUUGUUCCUUAGGUUUACAGUGUAGCUCUAAAUUGCAAAGGGGAGAUUUGGAUUAAAUGCUGUUUUAGAGAUUAUUCUGAUAAAAUCUGAAUGUGCUUCUAUAACCCAUUUUAUCUUUGUCCAUAGCUUUUUUUGAAGUACAACACAUCAAUGGAACAUCACUGAUAAUUCGUUCACUUGGAUUAUAUUUUAUCUAUGAUGUGGUACUCAGUAAAGGAGGAUUUUCUUUACUGCUCAUUAGGACAAAUUUUACUGAGCUGCCUUUUGUAGAAAACAGGUGCCUGUAUGGGUUUUAUGAGAUGUAUGAAAUUUUGCACUUUUUAGUUCUUAAAAGAAGAUGCUAUCUGUGAGAACAGCAGUCAAAAUAUUAUGUGUUAAGAUGAUACUUCAGAAGGAUGCAUUUCCCAGGGGUGUGGGGAAAUUAGGAGAGUAUGGGAGAACUGCCUCUGUGCUGGUUAUUUUUGUCAUUUGUACCAGCACUUGAGAUUCAGUUCUGAACUUCCCUGAUGACUCUCCAACACCCUGGAAAUCCCUUCUCUCAUGUUCUGGGAAAAUGAUUUCAGUGAAAGAAGAGAAAAAUGAAUAUUUUCAUAGGAAACUUCAAUGCAGUAUUUCAUAACAACUGGCCCCGUGUACCUAGGAGUAUUGUAUUCCCCAUCUCUGUAAGGCUGAAGCUGACUGAAUGUUGUGGUCUUUGUGUGUCCCUUUUGAUGUCUGCAAUCCUGAGGUUUGCAAGCAGAUGGUUUUAAAAAAAUGAUGGGGAUUGAAAGAAACUAAGUUGUUUGUGAUAAGUGUGGCUAAUGUUGGAAAAAUUGAUAGUUUGGGCUGUGUUCACAUCUACUUAUAGUGAAUAUAACUGCAUCUUACAGUGGCAACCACAUUUGAUAGGGAAGUAAAGGCUUUGGUGAUAAAUACUUUUCUAUAACUUCCAGAAAACUAGUAGCUUAGGAAAGAAGAGACACUAAAAUAAAUUUCCCUUUUGGGAGAGUAAGUCUACAAUGGGAGCUCAACAGAAAACUGUUUUAGUUGGCUGACUUGGCACUCCACACAGGCACACUGGCCAAGAAGCAGCUUUUUGACCUACAAUUGAAAAAGGAUGCAGGAGGGUUCUGUAAGUAUUUUGUGGCAAGAGAAAACGAAAAUCAUUUGGGAAUCUGAGAAUGGCAACUGCCUGACAAGAAUCUUGGAGUUAAUACACUCCAUUAUUUCUGCUACUUAGUGUGAGACUUAUCUGGUACAAGUCUAGGGGAAGUGGGACCCAUGUAUUGGAUUCUUGAUAUGAAAUGUGGAGUUACAUGUAAGGGUUUGAAGUUGUAUCACUUUUGAAGAGGAAGGCUACACGAGGGAAUAGGUGUGGUCAGAUCCAGGGGGGUAAUUUAAGCAUUAACAGAGAAAUCAGCUUCUCGGAGUUAGCAAACUGUGGGUGGAAUGACUAUAUUUAGCUGGGUGGUUAAUUUCUGUCCACUGAUAGUAGUGUCCUGAGAUUUCAUUGCUUGUGUUGAAGUGAAUAGAAAUCUUAAGGUCUUUUAGUGAAAUUCUUUACUCUAGCUUUUCUGUUUCCACUGCCAGCCUCUGAGUUUCUCCGGUAUUGAGGUUAGGGCUAAACAUGCCUGCACCAGGUUGAAAGCUACCACAAUUCAUCUUCACUAAAAACUAGUUCAGGCUUGCCAAAUGAUUGGUUCAUGUUCUUAGUUAUUAAUUUUUUCAUAGAGCUGCCAAGAUACAGAAAUGCUGGAAUCAUUGCUCUGUGGAGGAUGCCACAUGAUUAUAAACAGAACGAAUCAAAUCCCCUUACAGGAGCUGUGCAUGGAAGAUAUUUGGCACUGGAAUCGGUUUUGGUAUAAUCUUUUCAGGUGCUUAAAAGUUUUUGGGGAGACUAAGGCCAAUGUAUGAACUUGUGCUAAAACUGUGUAAAAUUCCUCCUUUCUGUUGGUUAUGAAUCUUUUGAAGCUCAUUUUAAAGCAAGAAAUUGAAAGAGAAGCUGGCAAAUUAAAAUCAUAAGAGUAUAUGUGCUCGUGAGAAUAAAAACAUUUUUAAAUUUGACACAGAUCUUGCCAUAGUUUUAAGGACUCUCUUUCAUGAAUGCUGUGCUUUUUGUUGAUACGAAGAUUAUCAUUUGCAAUGAACUAGCCACAGAAGUCAAAGAUCAAAGCCUCUGUUACAGCUUAAUUUUUAUAGAAUAUAGAAAUACUGGCUUUUUUAUCAAUUUCAAUACACUCAUCUUUUUGUUAGCUUCAUCAGAAUGAUGUCACAACAUACGCUGCUGAGUUUGCAUCUCUUUGGAAGCUGAAGCUAUAAGCAAGGCAUCUGCUGUUUUAAACUGAAUCUCUGAACCGUGGUAGUUGCACAAAACACUUCCUUCAUGCAUAUUUAUGAAAACUGGUUUAACAUCUGGUUCACCCUAUCCUGAAAUGGACAGUGAGAACAGGAGUGAGGAAGUAUGCAAUCUAGAAGUGGGGAUGGUGAAGGAGAAAAAUGCUAACUCGCCUUUUGCUACCUGCUUUGUUUCUCUAUCUCAAUAGAUUAAUAAGCAUUGGAACAAGUCCAGAUUAUAGAAAGGACAGGCAGUUCCCAAAAUGCUGGAUGAUGAUGGAAAAAAUGAAGAUCAAAUCAGUGGUGUAAUAAAUUGGACUGUAGAAAUUCUAGAUAAAGGUUGCCCAUUCCGAGCAAUUGUAGGACAUUUUCUUCUGACAGUGACUGAAAAAUGAACUAUCAUCUGUGACAUAAGGUUUUCUGCAAGAUGGCAGCAAAGCAGAAUGUGAUGGCAGAUAUUGCCAAGAGGCAGUGAACUGAUUAAACAGAAACAGAAGCACAGCAGAAAAAAAGAGAGAUGAUGAAAAAUCCAUCUUUCCCUUUACUUCCAUUCACUCAGAAACAAAAGUAUAACAGACUUACUAGCUAUUGUCCUAAGUCACCACCUCCUUACUGAAAGGAUACUGUGGGAUUUAGCCGUGGGUUAUUAGAGUUAGGGUAGUAUGGUUAGGUUGUGGUUGAACUUGAUGAUCCUUAAGGUCUUUUCCAACAUGGGCUAUUCUAUGAUUCUAUCUGUUAGCUGAUGUUUCCUACUAACAAAAAGUCAGCAGACCGUGUCCGAAAGUGGCUGGUCCUCUGCUUCCUGGCUAUUGGAAGCGUGCUCUGGGAACUCUCCUGGUAUGCUGUGACAUCCCUAAUGAGAUCUGCUUCUAAUAUCACAUAGCCCCUCCACUUGGGAUCAUCUGGGCUUUUUUUUUUACGCCCAAGAAGUCAUCAUAAAGCAUCUCUUUGCCAUCUUCCUGAUGAUCACCCUCCUUGGUUUUUGCAAGGUGAUUUAAAAAAUCGGCCAUGAAGAAGAUAAUACACUUUGUAAUUUUCAACCAUCUUUUCUUCUAAAGUAACUGGUAAAACCAGGAAGAAUUAGCUGUAAGUUGAAAACACAACUUCACUUAAGAACUGAUAAUUCAAUCACUGGAGAACAAAAAGAGGAUGGCAGAAGGCUGUGUUUUUCAUAAUGAUUGUUGUAGAAUGACUUCUAUUUCCUCAAAUUCCCAGAUUUUAUCACUUGGAAUCUGUCAGGUGUUUGACUUCUUGGUGGUUUUUGAAUGAAACAAUUACUGAAUGACCUAGUGGCCUGAUAAUUAAAUAUAGGAAACUCAUUUUCCUGAAGGAAAUACAAAUAACCAACAGGAGGUUCAACCCAUUAUCCCUACCUGAUAUUUCUUUUGCAGCAACAAGAAAUUAAACAGUUAGUUAUUCCUCUCUGAUUAUUCAUUUUCUUCACUUUUUUUUUUAUAGCAGGAUGAGAUAUGGUGUAUUCCGCCUCUUUAGCUUAGUGCAAGUACUUAAAAUGAAUCUUGACAUCUUUUCAUUUAUUAAAAAAAAAAAGCAAAAAAAAAUUGUUCCUAUUUGAAAAUGAUUAUGUAGUUUCUCUUUGCAACCACGAGAGAAAUGGGCACCUCCUGAUGGCAGUUCUUGCUUUUUCUGAGUAGGAACUGCAUUCUCAGUGGUUCCUGCAGGACUGAAAACACCCCACCUGUGUUUGUAAGGCGGUGAAAAGUUUGCAGUUUGUGAGCGUAUUGCCGUGGCUUCAUUGCCACUGACAUGGCUCAGUGACCUGCUCCCCAUAGUUCACACAGACAACACUGUCCUGAGCAGUUCAGCUGUGCCAAGCUCAGCAAACCAUGGCAUUAAGCAAGUAGUCCUCACCUGUGUGAAAUCAGCAAGCAUGGGCAGGACAGAACUGACCAUCAUCCACCUCUGGGACUGGGCAGCCACCAUGUGGCUCCAUGUAGCACUGCCCUGGGUACGAUCAAGCAAGUCCCACUGCAGAGCAGGCCUGAGAUAUGGCAAGGUUAUCACUCUCUUCCUUCACAGCCAAAAUGCUGGGCUUUCCGAAAACAGUGGCAGACUAUCUAUUGCUUUGGAGACCAACCCGCUUCUCACCCCAAAGCACUUUUGAUUGCUAGCAAGUCUUAGUAGCACCUAUUAAAACUGCAUCUUAAAAUGAUCUCCACCUACUCUAUGCUGUGGUUGCGUUGGUCAACUGUUGAGAUGAAUAUUUAUCCCAUCUUGGUCUAAAGCAAGCAGCACUCAAAUCACCUUGAAUUUGCUGUGUUAUUUAGUAUUUUCACCUUUCAAGUACAACUUUUUUUUCUUUUAGCCUAGAUGUAACUAUCACGAGUGAACCCAAAGGCAGCAUAAGAAAACGUCACCACAAAUAGUUGUUCUCUGGGUUUAGGUUUAAGCCACUGCUCAAUAAAACAUGAAAGUACCUUUUGAAUAAUUCCUGGUGUUUUCUAAUUGUACAUUCAACAAAUUGUUUUGCUCAGCUAGGGCCCAUAGCAAAGAUGUGUUACAUCAUUUUCUGUUUAUUGGAAAUGAACAAUUACAAAGGCAUAACAUUUUAAAUUCUUAAAAUUCUUUAAAUUCUUAACAAGAAGCUAGCAAAACUCCAUAUUUCAUGAGAAGCUUAGUUUUUGUUCGAUUACCUUGGUAGUAAAGGAAAAGUUUUCACUGAAGAGGUGCAAAGAGGAACAAAGAUUUUGAUUGCAAAAAUGUCCUCUAAAGGACUGAGGCUCAGAUUUAAGGCUCUUUCAGGGGUCUCAAGACCAGGAUCUCACCGCGCUGCCCAAGGGCUGAAAUGAGCGUUGAACUGAGGUGAAACAAGCCCUUAUGUGGUCACACUAUUGCAAAAAAGGCUUGGCAGUAUGUUGAAAACAUUUUCUUUGAGUGUGAGACUUCUAUGUGUGAGGAGCACACUGAAAGGUGAACAUCUUAUGAUGUGCAAGGCAAGGACUUCCAGAAAACCUAUUUUUUAAAUUUAUCUUGUAAACGAAAUGCUCACUGAGCCAAUAUUGAAUUAGAUCAGUGUUCAAUGCUCUUGAAAUUCCUACCCCAUGAGCAUUUCCAGAAACACAUCCAUGCACAGACAGAAGUAAUGUUUUUUUCCUUUGUUUGUGCUCUUCAAUUUGCAUUGAAAAUGGAAUGAAGCCUCAAUCAGAACUCUUAUUUACCCUUUUUAGAGGUGUCUGUAAACUGCCCAAAUGGCAUACAGGCACACAAUCAAGUGGAUAUAAAACAAAGCAAAUGAUAGGUUGAAGUUUAUAACUCGAACACUGAUAUCUUUAAGAACUACAAUAAAAUAAAUUAUUUAGUGAAAAUAAUCACAUAUUUUGUGAAAAAGGAUCUCAAUUUUUGCUAAAAUAGAUAUGCCAGUAAUUGAAGAAGCAGUUUUCAAGUUAUUCAGCACUUGUCGUUUUUUACUCAAGUCCGUGCUUCUGCAAAGCUUCCAAUUUUAGGCUACUUUCGUUUUUGUCAAAAUGAAAUAAAUAAAAACCCAACCAAACUGAGAACAUCGGUUUAGAUCUUCUGGUUUAGAUCUUCUGGUGUCUGUCUGUUACUGUUUCUGUACCAGCAUUUAGGGGUGGUAUCUAAAGAACCAGAUGAAGAUCAGAAAGGAGAUCAGGAAAGUAACACAAUUUUUUGAUAGAGGAAAAGGAGAUACCUAUAUUCCAAUGCUUUGCUGAACUGGGACCUGAAGUUAUACAGAUAUAAGUUCUCUGUUCUCUUGCUUCUCAGCUCCUCAGUUCUUGUGGUACUGGGGAGAAACCUGCCAAGUCCACAGGUUGUUUCAAUCCUCCCUUGCCCUAUGUGAGUUUGAUGAACUUUCUUCUUGGUACUCAAGGUGGAAAUAUGGAAACACAACACAGGAACAUAGAGCACUUCAGUUUUAUUAAAGCUGAAUGUGACCAAGCUUGCAUGCAGUAUUUCAUGUCUUUCCAGUACUAAUUACUGCAUCAACUCUGAAGUACAGCAGAGACUUUCUUAUUUCUCAUGUCACUUAUAGGAUGUUUGAUGUCUUUCUUCCUGCUGUGAAUGCUCUCUUGGGUGAACAGAGACUAUACUUAGCUUGCUCACUGAGACAGAGUUGUUAUGAGAGUCAGUUACCUCAUAUUUGGAAAGUAAGGGUAGAGAUUUAAUAAAUUGCAAAGCUUUAUCUCUUUUCAACAGUGAAGGCAAGCAAGUAAACAUACAUAUUUGUUUGACUGAAUUUAUGCGUCCAGGUUAAAACCCACCCUCAUGGUUAGCAAGUACACAAAGGACAUUCCCUUCAGAUAAUGCAUAGCUUGCAGAAAGCUCAAACUCAUAAAUUUUAAUAAGAAUAAUAGGUUUUCUUCUGUCUGCCCAAAUCUCCAAUUUAUAAACCAAAUUCUCUUCUACCAUUCUGACUCCGGACAAAUCAAUAGAAUUGCACAGAUUUUAAUCAGCUGUUUUCAAACCUGGGGGAAUUCAUCCUAUGAAAAUUUUAAAUUGAGCUGUUUCAAAGCAAAGCCAGGCAAUGCUGCCUACAUACAGGGUCCAAUUCUGUAAGGUACGGGAUUUUUCCCCACAAGUAAAGAGCAUGGAUGUUUUCUGCUGUUCUUUGAUUGCUGCUGUGAGGCCAAUAUCUUUCUGUAUUUCAAACAUCGGCCGCACUGAGGCAUCAUGAUCUGAAAUCAAAUCAUGAUUUAAGUCAUGUCCUACAUGAAGAAUUGUUGCAGCAAGUUGCAGAGAAGUGAUUCAUGUACUGCACUGUCUGCCAAGUAUAUUUUGUGAGGAGGAUGAAAAUGAAAAAAAGGAUUUUGCUGCAGUGUGAAGCUUCUCCAUUGACCGCCUGUAUCUGAGAAUUGGAUGUUCUCAAGUGAUUUAUGCUCCGUGAUGGAUCUGAAGACUGCUAAUGUUUCCAGUCAUUGUCAAAUCAUUUUUUCAGACUUUAAUAAUGCAAUGAGAUGAUCUUUCCCCCCCUGCUAUUCAAAUGCAAUUUUUCUUUUCUGAUAAUUCUUGAAGGGAAAAAUUUUUCUACUGGCAAUUUAUAUCAAAGGCUCAGUGCUAGUCUAAGAUAUCAAUUGUCUUAAAAUGCUGAAAUGGUGGUUCUUCUGUUUUCUCCCUGUGUAGUGCACAAUGCCCUCUUUUCAUAACUCUGCAUAUGAUGACUGACAACAAAUUACUUUCCAUUUCAAACAUUAAAACUCUGAAAAUUCUUCUGGCUUUUGUGGAACACCUUCUCACUGCAGGUGUCCAGGUGUUAGACUUCCUGCAGCCAAAUCUUGAAUCUUUGCAUUCAUCUUUGUUAACUCAAACCAGCCAUCAAUAAAAUACAAAUUCAUUUCCAAAAUAGCUUUCAGCCUCAAUGUAAAAUGAGGAAUCUUUAACAAAUGCUCAUGAUAAUGACCUGCUACCACCAAGGUGAAAUACUAUUUUUUGUUUUCAUUGCAUUCAAUAUUUUUUAUCUUCACACAAGUUUCUAUCUCAGAUGAGGUAUAAACAGCUGAAGUCAGUAUGUCUUGUUGUCUUCAUGGUUUCUGUGCAUUCAUUCUUUUCCAUUGACCUUCCUUAUUUUUUGUUUGUUUGCAUCUCUGUGACUAUUCUGCAGAUUCUCAUGGAAUCAUAGAAUAAUAGAAUGGCUUGGGUUGGAAGGAUCUCAAGGAUCAUCAAAUUCCAACCCACCUGCCACAGACGGCUUCCAGCCACUAGGUCAAAUAGCAGAUCAGAUUGCCCAGGGUUUUUAACACCACCUGCCUUUUACCUGGCUUUUAACACCACCAGGAUUGGGGCUUCCACAGCCUCUCUGGGCAACUUGUGUAUAUCAUGUACAUAAUGUAAUGCAUCCUAUCUCUAAUUAAGUAGCACCAUCUAAAGCAUAUCCUUUCAGAGAGAACUUUGGCAUUUUUUUCACCUGGGAAUUAGCAUAUGCCUUCUGUGCAUCCAAUGUCAAAAUUAGUACUAAGUGUGAUGUACAGCAAUUGCACUUUGUAAGGUUUCUGUUCCUCCGGAGUCUUACCAGCAGUCAGCAUUUUAAAUGAAGGAGAUAUUGCACUCUUCUUGAGUGUUCUAGUCUGAAAGCACUGAUUCUGGUGCUAGUGUCUGGGCUCUCUUAGAAGCAGAAGCUAUGUCAAGUGCUGUAGUAACCUGAUAGCAAUGCUGCCCUUCUUCCUAUGUUGUGGAAAGAAAAGUGGUGCAAAGCAUUCUCAUGCCAUAUUUUAACCCUUUACAGGUUACCUUCCUUUAAAAUUAUUAUUAUUAUUAAUGUACUCAAGGACAAAAAUAGAUAUCUAAAAAAUAGAUGAAAUUCUGUCCUUACAUGUAAAUUUCAAGACUUCUAAGCCGCUGUAUUUCCUAUGCACACAGCUCACCCUGCUUUAACAUGUGAUACUGCAGGUUCCAUCUGGCUGUCUCUGAAAGCUCAAGAGAAAAGCAAACACAGAUAUGAAGGAAAUUAAAGGUGCCUCACUGUGAUAUUUUUAUAGAGUGGUAUGUCGCUUUGAUAAUGAACUGUGAAAGAUAGCAUGCAGAUGCUGAUGAAUGUAAAUGACUGCAUGAGUUCUUCUUUUAAUGUUGAGUCCAUGAGGUGGAUUAUUAGUAUAAGAUCUGUGUUGUAAAAACACUGAAAAGAGAAGUGAUGUGGAAAGAAGAUAUUUCUAGUGAUUUGUAGUGAACCACAUCUUCUACCUGUCUUUUCAUGACCAACCUCUGAUUCUGAUAAAUGUAAGCCUUAGAGGUUUGAUGGUAAUAAACAAACUUACAGGUGGAGUAGCUCUCUUCCUAAAGUCCAGUAUGCUUCCUUCCAGCACUGUAAGGGGGUAUCUGUCUGCAUUUCCAACAGAUCAGACCUAUUCCCAAGCUUGGGUUGGCAAGGCCGUGUUGGUGGGGAGAUCAGUGCGACUCACGCUUAGUGUGUGUUUCCUGCCCACUUAGUUCAGUUACCUGCUGGUUGCCACUCUGAUAAAUAAGUGACUGUGGUUUGACGUGUAGCUGCAAGGCUCCUGCCCUCACUUUCCCUGUCCAUCUGUGCACUUCAGACCUUCCGCUUUGUAUCUGACCCCACUUGUGGGUCUGGCUCUGGGGGCAGCCUGCUUGCCCUCCUCUGGGUGGAGUGUUCAGGCAAAAUAAUGCUUGCAUCAAUGGAGAAAUAGAGCUGAAUUCGAAAUAGCACACAUGUAUUUUUGGUAGGAGCUCAGUGGUUGAAACAAGCUGAGCUGGGAUCAGUCUGUGGUUUGUAGUGAUGCUGGCAUACAGGAGCACAGGCAGGACAGACCCACGGUGCCUCCUGGCUUUUAGGGACUGGGUGAUUUUGGGAGAUUUUGUUCUCUCAUACAAGACUGAUGUCAGCUGGUGAUGGCAUCAUUUUACAAAGAGCAAUGGGAUGUGGGACUUCAGUGUUAGAUGGUGAAUUUUGCCCUUGUGUUAUGCUAGUAAUUUGAUUUGCAUCUUUCCUAUCUUGACAAGUUUAUAGAAAAAAGUGAUGAUAAUGUGGUAGUUCAGUGUCUUGAGAUGGUUUUAAAGUGGAUAAGCAAAUCGUUAUGCCUCUGAGGUUGUGUAAUUCUGUGGAUUUGUCUUACCUCCAGCGACUGACGUGUAAUAUUAAUCAUUUGAGAUCUAUGUAAGCUUUACAUGUGGAAGUUGUGUCAAAAUGACACAAGCACUUGGCUAAGCAUACUGAAUCAUCAUCAUUCUGGCAUGCUCAGGGGCAGAGGUACUUGUGUAGAGUGUUUUAAACAUCGCAAAGUGUGUUGUUGUUUAGCGUAUUGUGAUUAGGGCUUCAGUCUAACUGUCCCCAAAGUAGCAAAUGUUCGCUGAUGGCUAACACUGUUAUAAGGACUGAAGGGGUGACUUUCUUUGCCUGGCAAUAAUGUAUUUUCUAUUAUGUCAAGAGUCUGUUCAUUUUCAAGUAGUGUGCUGUGCUACUUUGAAGAAUGUCUUUUUUUUUUUUUUUUCAAGUGGUUUCAUCGUGAAUGUACCCCAAAAUGUCUAGAUGUCUUUCAAUAGCAAAGAUCUCUUUGUUAUUGAGUGUAUUAUUUAUUAAUAGUACAUUGUUGUCAUUUUCUAGUCACAUUUUACAAAUAUACCAUUAGCAUCUCAUGUGAUUUUUUAUAAGGGAAGUCUUAUUUAUAAUAUUCAUGCACGUGGACAGAAACAAAUCUCAAUUUUAUAGUAGUCCAUGCCUUUUUUCAUAGCUGAAGCAUUUUAAUGAACACAACUGGAAGGGAGAGGCUCACUGUUUUAAUUUUGAUGGAACUUUACAUAGGUAACUGUUAUGUUAUUUAUAAUUUGGUUUUACUGAUCUUAACAAAUAAAUAUCUCCACUUUAUGAAAUG